UCCUCCACAGCCUGCCUGCAGUCCGCUCGCUCUAAGCGCCUUUAGCCGCUCUCCAAUUAACAUCUGCAGCCUUUUCAAUCACUUUGGUCUGUUGGAGCCAGAUGCGCACAGCUCCACUCUUCGCCAACUUUGCCUGCGCGUCCUAAAAAUCCCUGCGUAGUGUAAUGAAGAAAAAAGGCAACGGUGACAAAUAUUUCCAAGCGAGGAGGGUUUGAAGCCGGUCCUCACAGGUGUGGUAAAACAAGGGGCGCUAAUUGGCCUGCCGGACUGGGAGGAUGGAUGCGCUCGCGGGGAACGGGAGCGCGCGCGAAGUGCUGGGCGGCUGGGGGAACAUCAGCGGGGAACUUAUGGACGAUAACACGAGCUGCUCCAACAGCUCUGUGGGGAACCGACCGGCCACCAGAGCGCGAGAGAUGGAUUCCUUUCGCAUCCUGCUCUACUCCCUCAUCUUCUUGCUCAGCGUAUUCGGCAACCUGCUGAUCAUCGUGGUCCUGACGCUGAACAAGCGCAUGCGGACCGUCACCAACUCCUUCCUGCUGUCGUUGGCGGUCAGCGACCUGAUGAUGGCCAUCUUCUGCAUGCCCUUCACGCUCAUCCCAAACAUCCUGGAGAACUUCAUAUUCGGGGCAACCAUGUGCAAGAUAGUCACCUACCUAAUGGGCGUCUCUGUCAGCAUCUCCACCUUCAGUCUGGUGGCCAUCGCCAUCGAGAGGUACAGCGCCAUCUGUAACCCUCUGAAGUCCCGCGCGUGGCAGACCCGCUCCCAUGCCUACCGCGUUAUCGCUGCCACCUGGGUGGUGUCACUGCUCGUCAUGGUGCCCUAUCCCGUCUUCAGCGCCCUCAAGUCCUUCCCCAAAACCAACGGAACCGUUGGCCACAUGUGUCGUCUGGACUGGCCCAGUCAGCGUGCCGAGCAGACCUGGUAUGUUCUGCUGCUUUUCAUUCUGUUCUUCAUCCCGGGCGUGGUGAUGAUAAUAGCCUACGGUCUGAUCUCCCGGGAGCUUUACCGAGGCAUUCAGUUCGAGCUGAGCCAGAGCAAAGAAACCACUGGCCAGAAGAAUGGUGCAGGCAGGGCUAUGCAAGGCCCAAAUGACGAUGAUGAUGGGUGCUACAUCCAGGUUUCCAAAAAGCCCUCCUCUGCUGUAGAGCUACCCACCCUCUCAUCCUCAACGACCACCAUCCUUCACAAGCCUGAGCGGGCCCGUAGCAACACCUCCGAGGCUAAGCUGCAAGCCAAGCGGAGAGUCAUCCGCAUGCUGAUGGUAAUCGUAGCCCUCUUCUUCAUCUGCUGGAUGCCCUUAUACACAGCCAACACCUGGAAGGCAUUCGACCUGAAGUCUGCCUCCAAAGCCCUCACCGGAGCUCCCAUCUCUUUUAUCCACCUGCUAUCCUACACGUCCGCCUGCGUCAACCCCAUCAUUUACUGCUUUAUGAACACACGGUUUCGCAAGGCACUGCUGUCCACCUUCGCUUGCUGCUGUCGCAACCGUCUUUGCCGCCGGAUAUGUUGCCGCCAGAUGAGAUAUGGGGAAGACGGCCUCAAUGCCACCUCUAUGGGUACAUCGAUGGUGACCUCUAUGUCCAAGUUCAGCUACACCACCGUCAGCACCACCGGUAACUGCUGAGCUUAAAGCUGGGUGAAGUGGUCACAUCAGAGGCUGUCAGCAGCCAUCGACGUGUCCACCAUCUGUUUUUUCUUUUUUCAAUCUUCUGUUUGUCAGUCCUCAUCCUAAUAGGCUGUGAGUCAUGAGCUGAGUAAUAUCCAUGUCCUCGUUUAAAGGCCUCCCAAAAAGGUCCUGCUCAAAUUCUGUGUGCAUGAUUGCAGAUUGCACAGCGUAGAAAGCGCCGUCUCAAUGUGGUGACAUUCUUUUACCUCUUUUUAUUGGCAGCAACUGCCUUAUUGCAUCCAAAAGAGAACAUCAAGUGCCUGUGCUCUUGUAGCUUUAUCUGUCAGAUUUCUUUUUUUAUUCGCUGGAAUGGACUUGUCUGUGAAAAAAAACAGUUAUAAGCUUGUAUACAUAAAUAUUGUCUUUAUGUUGUGAAUGUGCCAAUGGAAAAUGUUUUUCAUGUUUCGUUUCAAAAGAAAUAUUCUUUACAUUUAUGGCUUUGUUUGAAUUAUCUUUGUGUAAUGAAUGUUUUUAAAAGUCUGUUGUACCUUACAAAUAUACUAUUAACUCUUGAACAUUUCCAUCUUUUAUUGUGUCAACCUCUAAAGGUUUUAACACAAAGUACUGCAUAACUUUAGAGUGGAAAGGAAAUUAUAUUUGAGGUAAACGUAUACUUAGUCUUGAAUACAUUUCUAAAUAGUAGAAAAUGAAUCCAGUCCAUCUCAGUUAAUACUUUACAGAACCAUAGUUUGUGGCAAAUACCACUGAAAGUCUUUGUAUGUUUUUACAAGCGUUACACAUCUGCCAUUUAACUGUAGCUCUGGCUGUAAGUUUAGGGUUCCUGUCCUAGUAAAAGGUGGUUUAUCUGCCAUCUCUAGAUGUUUUUCCUUCAGGAAACACUGAGGCCUUUUACAGAACAGCUUGAUUUACUGUGAUGACAUUUUUACAUACCCGGGACCCAUUUACCAACUAUAGAACUUUUAAUGUCAAGUGGUUCCAGUGGAUUUCAAUCGUGUGUAGGGGGGUGAAUACACGUGUAAAUAAACAUUGAACAGAAUUUAAAAUGCAUUAUUUUCUUCCACUCUACUUUUAUGUAGUUCUUUAUGUUAGUUUUUUUUUAAAAGUGCAAUGAAAUUAAACCGAUGGUUUUAAUAUAAAUAAGCCUAAAACGUCUACCUGUGAAAGCCACCUAUCUAACAAAGUAGGAAUAACAUAGGGUUGCACUACUUGCCUGCUGCAUUGACACUUAUGGUGCAUUCACACAAAAUGCGAUAUCAGCGACUGAAGUGAGCGAUUCAAAUGUUCUCUCUAUGCAGAGGUGCAUUUAGGAGCUCGGCAAUGUGAAGGACACACUUCCAAAAAUCGUAAAAUUAUGAUCAAUACAGCAAAGGUGUGUUGAGAAAUCUGAGCUUUUCACAACCAAUCAGGAAGUGGGUGUAUUUGUGAUGUAGGGUGACGCAGUUUAUUGGAGAUGAAACUUUUGUAAAUCAAAGUAAAAGAUAAAGCUUGUGGCUCUGAUCCCCUGCUGCUUCUUUCUGAGCUCCAGGAUGCCUUAUCGCCUUACUUCUGUUGUCCAGACGAUCCUCCCAUAAAGUAGAAUAACUCUGGAGGAUCUGCUGGACCCAGGGACGCCGUCGCCACCGGUGCUGUUCAGCUUUCCAUAAUGGAUAAAGCGCCCAUUUUGUAAAAUCCAUUUCCACCAAGCUGAACUGAAACCAGCAAGCAGCAGAUAGAAGCUUCUUGUUGUUACCAUGUGAAUAGCUGGUGAAAUGUCGAGCAAGCGUCAGCACCUAUGAGUGGCGACCAAGUCACUGGAAUCACGUUUAGUGUCAACGCACCAUAAGGAAAAAGAUCUUAAGAGAAUAUUUACAUUAGAGAAAAGGCUCAAGAUGUUUCGGAUAUUCUAAGUCAAACAAAAGGAGCCAAAAUGAAGGGAUGACUAAGUUUUCUACUUAACUUCCCUGAAUCGUGUCUCUUAGGCAGUAUGUCGGUUGGUAUAUUGUGUAAUAUUCAAUAAUUUCCAAAAACUUCUACGUGUUUUCUUGUCCCAUGUUAGUAUGUGAGCAGAGAAACGAGCACAAAAGAACGUUUUACCCCAAAGGAGCCAUUAAGGCAUAAAGAAGAGAGAUCCAAUAGAAGGUUUCGAUGUUACCUAGCAAGAAAUCAUUGAUAGAAACAUAAUGCAAAGAAUCUGAGAAUGUUACCUUAGGUUAUAAUUGUGCUAAAAAUAAUUAAAAAACGAAAGUUAGGUCAGUGGGAAAACCUCAUUCUUGAUUUUGCUUAUUUA